CAAACACACACAAACACACACACGCUCUCUCUCUCUCUCUCUCGCUCUCUGCACUGCAACAAACAACAAUGGCAACUACCACACAAGAAAAAGAGUUAAAACACGAGUUCAACUUCUUCCGCGUCUACAAAGACGGCACCGUCGAGCUCCUCCGUCCUCCACCAACAAUCAUUCCUCCCUUCGACGACCCCAACACCGGCCUCCGCACCAAAGACGCCGUCGUCACCGCCAACCCACCCCUCUCCGCUCGCCUUUUCCUCCCAAAAACCACCAACCCCAACACCAAACUCCCCGUCUUCCUCUUCUUCCAAGGCAGCGGCUUCUGCGCCAGGUCCGCCUUCACUCCGGAAUACCACAACCACGUUGCCGCAAUCGCCAACGAAGCCAACGUACUCGCUGUCUCUGUAGAGUACGCCAAGUUUCCGCUUCGGCCAUUGCCCGCAUGCUACUACGACGCCUGGAGCAGCCUCCAGUGGGUCGCGUCGCACGCGAGCGUGACCGGGCCGGAAUCCUGGCUAAACGAACACGCCGAUUUGCAUCGUGUUUUCGUAGCUGGGAACAGCGCCGGCGGUAACCUUACCCAUUGGGCAGUUAGCCAAGUGGGAAAAAUAGGGUUAGCGCCGGGUGUGAGGAUUGCGGGGGCGAUCCUCGUCCAUCCUUUCUUCGGAGGCAUAGGGGACGACAGUCAGUGGCUAUACAUGUGUCCGGAAAACGAGGGGCCGGAGGAUCCGAGGCUGAAGCCGGCGGCGGAGGAUUUAAGGAGGCUUGGAUGUGAGAGGGUGUUGGUGUGUGUGGCGGAGAAGGAUCCAUUGCUGGUUGCCGGAGAGAAGUACGUUGAGGCGCUGAAGAAGAGUGGUUGGAGUGGGAGUGUUGAGCUUGUUGUGAAUUUGGGUUUGGGACAUUGCAACCAUGUUUAUGAGCCAGACGAAGACAAUGCUCGUGAGGUUUUACGAAAGAUUGCAUCUUUCAUCAAUCAACAAUAAAGCGCAGUUAGCUGUUCUUCAUUUCUCGUAACAUACACAUGAGAAAUGAGGUUCUUGGAAUGCUAAUGUUAUCUACCAAUAAUUUGAUAAAGAAGAAACGUUA